AUGGCAGACGUGAACGAAAAAUUGAUGGGUCGAAAGGGAGCACGAAGGUUCGUCGCUCGACUCGCAAUCGGUGGUGGCCUCCGGCGUUCGACUAGACUGAAGAAGGAGAAGGAUCGAAGCAGCGAGGCGGCUGUGAGCUCGGACGAGAAGGAAGAGACGAAGCAGCGGGGCUGCUCGUCUUCUGUCCUCAAAGUAGUUGCGAAGGGGAAAGAGGUCCGAAGGGGUCUGGGAGGCGUAGCAAGCAACAACAGCAACGGUGACGGGGUGUUUGGUGGGUUUGCUCGACGGCAGAGGAAGAGGAGGUCGUAUAGGUGGUGGGGGGCAGUUCGAUCAUGGUUGUUUGUUAAUUCGGGAAAGGCAGCAGCUAUCAGCACAGGUUCGUUUUUGAUAGAUAUCGAUGGAAAAAAAUCAAAUGGAUGUUUGGGAAAGAUGAAAGAAGAACACGUGGAAGUUGUUCUUUUUGGUUGCUCACGAACAGAGGAAGAACAGAAAAGGAGUAUUGAUUCAUUAAUCAGUUUUUAA